GACCGACGACAUGGACACGAGUUGCUUCUGCGGGGGUCCGAGCGCGGUGGUUUGACUGGUAGUUUAUCGACACUGUACUGAUACUCCUGGAUUCAGGCCUCGCUCACUGUCCACCUCGUUACCAUCCCCAUCAGUCCUCUCUCACAAAAGAAUGUAUGAACGACGACGACCCAGCAACCAUGAGCACCUUGGUGCAUUCCAUUUGGGAACACUUCGCGGCAAGCAUCAGUCCGCUCCACUCAACACUGCCCAACACCAAACUGCAGACACGCGAUCAAGUCCAGGCUGACAUCAGAGACUCCUCCAUCCUGUCCGACGCGCCGCAGUCAUCCUGGUCCCUUCUCGAGCUCGCCCAGAGGCCACGAAUAACGCGAGAGCAGACUUCCCAUAGGUUCGCUACAGCUCGGAGAUCCUAUCGGGCAGCUACUCGUCCAGGACGGCUGGCCAAAGAGAAGAGAGGCAGAAGCGAGUGUCGGGUGAAGAAGGAACGUUGAUGGAAAGAGCCGGCGGCAGAAUGUGGGGCAUCUCGAAGAAUUUCCCUUGCUAUGACGCAGUUGGCAGGACUUUUGAGUGCUGUUUGC